AUGGCGCAACCUCAGCUCCUCGAGGGCCAGUCAGGCCUGCCUGUCGAUAAUCCGACCAAGUCGUAUUGGCACAAGGAGCCUUCGAACAAAUUGCUAGGCCACCGGACGACAAAGGAGUUGCCCCGUACCGCCGACGUGGUCAUUGUGGGGAGCGGCAUUACGGGGAGUUUCGCCGCUCAUUUCUUGAAAGAAAAACAGCCUGAUCUGAAUGUUGUCAUGGUUGAGGCGCGAGAGGCUUGUUCGGGAGCUACUGGAAGGAACGGAGGCCACUGCCAACCUGCCAUAUACGCCUCAGAGCCGCACAUCGCCUCGUUUGAGCUGCGCAACUUUUUGUAUCUCAAAAGCCUCAUUGAAGAGUUCUCAAUCCCGUGUGACUGGCGGUCGACAAGCGGCGUGCAUGCCUUCUACUCGAGGAAGUUAUUCAAAAACUGCCGCGCAAUUGUCGAUGAUCUCGCAGAACACUACCCGGACCUAGCCGCCAAUGUAGCUGUUGUGACCAAAGGUAAAAAGGGUGAGGGCGACCUCUCAGGAAGUCCGGCUUACCUGAUCGAGGGCGAGCGGAGGGAGCUCACGCUUGACGGCUUGAGGAUACCCCACGCCGAAGGCGCUAUAGUGCAAUGGAACGCUGCGAGUUUAUGGCCGUACAAGCUCGUCGCGUUCGUGCUAGAGCGCUUACUCGCAGCCAACGAAGGAUCCAAAGGGUCAUUCAACCUCCAAACCAACACUCCGGUCACAGGACUCUCCCGAGCCGAAACAUCAGCCAACCUCAGCAGUCCCGGUGGUACUAAAACCCCCCAACACAACUCUAUAUGGACAGUCCACACUCCGCGCGGCACAAUCGCUACCUCCCAAGUCCUCCUCGCAACCAACGGAUACACAUCUCACCUCCUGCCGCAAUUCAGCGACUUACUAGUCCCGACCCGGGGUCAAAUCUCCGCCCUCAAGCCGCCUGAAACACCCACCGACCCGACAGACCCGCCCUUGGAUAUCGCACACACAUACUACAUCGUCGGCGAGCCCGUCGACCCCUACGCCCGCGACGACUACCUAGUCCAGCGGCCUCCCCCUACCGCGGAGCUCAUCUUCGGCGGCGGCCGACAACAUGCCAAAGGGCGGGGUAUGGGGGUGUGGGACGACAGCAGCAUCGACGAGCCCGUGUCGUGGUAUCUGCGCGGCGAGUUAUCCAAUGCGAUUGAUUUAUCUCUGCACCACACCCACACCCAUGCCCCCUCGGAGGACCAUAAACCCCCUCUCCGAAAACUCGACCUAGAGCCUACCUUCGAAUGGAGCGGCAUAAUGGGAUACACGCGGGACGCGCACCCGUGGGUCGGGCCCGUCCCUCCUAGUCUAGGCGGCGGACCGGGACUCUGGCUGUGCGCGGGGUAUACGGGGCAUGGGAUGCCGAACGCGGUGUUAUCAGCGCGCGCGGCUGUCGACAUGUUACUUGCUGGAGAUGGCGAUGAUACCGUGGAGAUCGAUCUCCCGCCUGAAUACGAGCUUACGGAGCAGCGCGUAAGGGACGCUCGGAGAGAGGAGGAAGUCGGUGUUGCGGAUGCUAAGGGUAGUUUGUACAUGGACUUUGGACCUCAGAGGGGAUAG